AUGAAUGCUGGCCAUGUGUCAGUUACUCUGGACUCGGAAAGUGUCGUCCAUCAAUCUGAUCACCGAGACCCCCUUGCUGCUUCUGCGCAAUCUACUUCCUCCUUCCAAAAUGAAAUUUUGACUCAACAAGUUCAGGCCUUUUUAGAAGCUUCGGAAGAUGUUGAUGUCGACGCAGAAACCAUCGAGGAUAUACUUUCUGUCUUAAUCAGCAUCGAAGAACAUGAAGAAGAAGAAGCUGAUCCUCCAUCAGACCUACACAUUGAAGAGGAUGUCGACUCGCAUGACGAGGACGGUCAAGAAAUAUCUACACUCUUUCCUCCCAAGUCAGAGGGCGCACAAAAUGCAGAACAGAAUACAUGGAGUAAAGAAGAAAUAAAACAGAUGAUGCACCUCCUUAAAGAAAGCGGCUCUUCAGCCUUUAUCGAAGAAUAUGUUAAUCAGCGUAACAUUCCAAUAAUCAAACUUCUGGAGGCAUUUAAUAUCGAAUUGUGUCCAGAAUUACAAGACAGGCGACCAAAAACAAUGCUAUACUUUCUACGGGUCGCCUUAUCCCAUCAACUCCGGAAUCGGGACAAAUUACCUCAGUAUAAUACCAUUGCCGAUACUGUUGAUCUCAUCCGCAAAUCACAACGUAUCCUCAUUCUCACAGGUGCCGGUAUUAGUGUAUCAUGCGGCAUACCUGACUUCCGCUCUCGGGACGGGCUCUACGCGUCAUUAAAGGGUAAAGGAGAGUACGAAUUAGAUGACCCACAGCAAAUGUUUGAUAUACAUUACUUUAAAGAAAAUCCAUCUGGUAUGUAUCUUUGUAAUGUCUUCUACUCUUUUGCAAGCCAGAUCUAUCCUUCAAACUUUGUCCCUUCUCCCUGCCAUCGUUUUAUCAAAGCGGUGGAAGACCGAGGAAAGAAUUAUACUCAAAACAUAGACACUUUAGAGACUUUAGCGGGCGUCAAGAAAGUACUACAGUGCCAUGGAUCGUUUGCAACUGCCAGUUGUCUUCAAUGCCGCCAACGAGUCCCAGGUGUAGAAAUAGAAGCCGAAAUCCUCAGUCACAAGGUGCCACUUUGUAAAUUAUGCAAUACUGUGCCGUCAGUUCCGAUAAAAAAGAAGGGCAAAACAAGCAAGAAGAAAGCCAAAGGCCAGUGGGAUAGUGAUGUUGAAGACGAAAGCGACGCGCCCGAAUAUCCUCCUGGUAUUAUGAAACCAGACAUUACAUUUUUCGGCGAAAAAUUAACCGAUGAUUUCGACCAUUCGUUGGCGGAAGAUCGUUUUAGAGUCGAUUUACUCCUUGUAAUCGGUACUUCCUUGAAGGUGUCACCUGUGGCAGAAAUACUUUCCCACCUCCCUCAUUCCAUACCUCAGAUCCUUAUCAAUAAAACUCCUAUACGGCACAUAAACCCAGAUAUAGUCCUUCUCGGGAAUGCGGAUAGUAUCGUUUUACACCUUGCGAAGGAACUUGGAUGGGAGCUACCACCUCCACCUGAGAUUAUACCGACGUCGAACCUCAAUGCUCCUACCACCAGGUUGCAACCACCGCGAGGAAACUUGAAGAAAAGGGCAUCGGCUGACGAUAGUGACUUCUCUUCUUCAAGAGAUCCAGAAAGGGUUGGCGAGAGUCACGUAUGGCUUUUUGAGGGAGCAGAUGGUGGUAAAUGGCUUCAGCAAUUGCAGAAAAAGUUGGGGAUUCCAAAAUCUGUUCCCACAAGCGCGACAAACUCCGGUUAUAACACGCGACAGUCAACUCCAGGCGUAAGUCCUCAAAAAGUUGAAAGUGACGGUGGGCGAAGAACCAAGAAAGCGCGCGCUGGUUGA